AUGUCUGACAUAGGGGACGAGGCCGAUUCACGGACGGCCUCUGUUGGCGCCCAGCGAGGCCGAAAAAACGCCGCCUCCCGAUCUUCACACGAUAGCAAAUCCCGUCCCACGAAGAGACAACGGCGGAACGAACCCGCCGCAUUUCGCGCCCUCGAAGAUUUUGUCCCGCGUGGAGCCUCGUUCAGCGAAAAGCCUCUCGAAGUUGAUCCUGAUGAGACUUCAAGCUCUGGCUCCGGCUCCAGCUCGGACUCUGAAAGUGAAGGCGAUUCUGAUCACUCGGAGGCUUCUAGCAAACCCGCACCCGCACCCGCACCCGCGACCGAAAACCCUCACGCAGGCAGUACGGCCCCCGCCGUCAGCUGGAACCAAGGCAGGAAAAAUGCCGUGCGUACAACAUUGGGGAAACGCAAGGCCCAGCCUGAGCCAGACGCAACUUCUGCGCAAUUCAAGGCAGUCAAUGGGACAUACUGGCGCAGUCGCAGUAGUUCUGCUUCAUCCGCAGGAAGCAUCACAGCAAAGAAGGAUGAUGGCCAGUCAAAUGAGGACAGUACAUCUGAAGAAGGCGAGAUAAACUCUGUCAGCGACUCUGAUGAUUCGCAAUCCUUGGAUUCCGAGGCCGAUGACUCUAUCCUGCUGAACAUCGGGACAAAACAUGAGCAAGCGGCGGAUGAAUAUGACCCGGAGUCUUUGGACUUGAGUCAAGGCCUAACAAACGGUCAUAUAAAUGGUGCCUCUGGAGGAAAGGGUGCAGACUCCCUCUUGGAUGUUAUACCUACAGCAGCGGAAUCGAAAGAAGAAGCCUUCCAGCACUUCAGUCGCAAGUACCCAACUGCCCCGGUCACGUUGGUAGACUUGGACAAAACGGAUCUCGAAAAGCAGGCCAUGUUCCUCUACUGGGAUCGCGAUAUCCACACUCUUGAUCUCCAACUGCCGAUUGGUUGUAUCGAGUGCUUUCGCCAAGGUCAUAUGGCUGAAGUGUGCCCGACGAAAGAGUGCGAGCACUGUGGAGUGUGGAAUAAACAUUCCAGUAACCUCUGUCCCUCAUGGCGACGAUGCAUACGAUGCCGAGAGAGAGGCCACCAAGAAGAGCAAUGCUCAUCUGCCCUAAAGGGCUCCGCGUCCGAAGUUCCUUGCGACUUCUGCAGUCUACCUCACCUUGAGACCCAGUGUGAUCAACGAUGCGCAUUCCCUAUGCGGGAGGUCGCGGACUCGUCCAUCAAGGUCGCUAUGUCGUGCGCCCGCUGUGCCAGCAGCCAGCAUCUCAUCGGUGACUGCCCUUCAGUUCCAUACCCUUCUUACUCAUCAUGCGCAUUCUCUCUUAAGGGAAUCGACCCAACAGCAAUUACCAACCUCAGCGCUGGUGCCAUACCUCAAAAGAACGCCGGCCCGCCGCCUAAUCGCCCGCCCAGAGGACCGCGGAAUAGAGGUCCCCGAGGUGGUGGUGGAGGAGGUGGUAACAAAUCUUUCACUUCAGAUAGCAGCGACGAUUUGCCCCGUGGUGGUAAAAGGCCGCCGCCUCCAUCUCGUGGAAGGGCUCGCGGGGCGAUUCGUUUCGGCGGUGGAUUAGGUUCCGAUCAGCCACGAGGCAAACCCCCUUCAAAGCGAACGCUCUCUCCGCUACCACGUCGCGGACCCCCACCGCCUCCACGAGGCAGGGGAGGAUAUCGAGGCCGUGGGGCUUCCAAUGGCGGACGCGGCGGCGGGGGCGGCGGCAAGCGAGGCCGAGGACGUUAG